AUGCCGAGACAGACUUGUGAAGGAAACUGUGGCAAAACACUAGAUUUGUGUUCAUGCCAUUCAACAUGCACCUCUCUAGGGAACUGCUGUACAGAUUAUAGAGAAUACUGUGUGGAGAUCCUUCCAUACUCCGGUUCCAUUUUGGGUGGGACAGAUUUUAUUGUCCUUAACGCAACUUUUAAUAAUAGCUCAGAGAUUGUAUGCAGGUUCCAUGACAAUAUCAAAACGGAGGGGUAUGUGGAUGAAACCAGUAGAGGCCAUUGCAUUUCCCCACUUUUGUACGAAACAGGGUGGGUUCCUUUGAGCAUCUCCUCUGAUAAUGGCACUACGUUUAAUAGAACUGGAGCCUGGCUCUCAGUACAUACUGGAAAGUUAGAUGCUAAGUUUAAGGCGAUUCUGGUCAACUCAACAAAAUGGCAGUACUAUGGUACAACUGAUGUCCGUGGCAACCUUGAGAUGACUUGGAAUACGUCUUUGGUCAGAGCAGAGAGGGUCAACAUAGAGCUCUGGGGGUACAGGGAGACAGGAGAACCAUACACAGACAGCUGGCUUGGUGAGUGGGCGUAUCUGUACUCGCUUGCAAAGGAUCAGCCCAACAGUGGUUCCUUUAGUUUCUUGCCUAAACCAGCAGAGAACGGCUUUUCAAGUUGGGAGCUUGGCUCUCUACGCAUCAGCCCCAGCAUCUACCCUGAUGGCAUGAAUGUGCAGGCCGCAUGGACGGAGGAUCACGCUCUGGCCUGGCAUCUGGAGGAGAAGUUCAGGCAGAACUCGACAGUUUGGGCCCUGGAUAAAUGUGUAGCAUGGGACCAGCUGGAGAACGAGCUGCCCAACUUCCUGAGUGAGAUCAUAGAUUGCCCCUGCACCCUGGCUCAAGCGAGAGCAGACACAGGGAGGUUUCAUACAGACUAUGGCUGUGACAUAGAGAAGGGGAGUGUGUGCACCUACCACCCAGGAUGUGUUCACUGUGUGAGGGCUAUACAGGCCAGCCCAAUGUAUGCAGCGGGACAACAGUGUUGCUAUGACAGCACCGGUGCUCAGGUGUUGACCGCAGACUCGAUUGGGGGAAGUACUCCAGACCGAGCACACGACUGGGGCUCACCUCCAUUCAAGAAACCCCCUCGAAUCCCAGGACAGUCCCACUGGGUGUAUGACGUCCUGAGUUUCUACUACUGCUGCCUGUGGUCUGACAACUGCCACUUCUACUUCAAACACCGGCCCUCCAGCGACUGCAGACGGUACAAGUCCCCCGGCUCAGCUGUGGUGUUUGGAGAUCCCCACUUCAUAACAUUCGAUGGUGUCAGCUACUCCUUCAAUGGCUUUGGGGAAUACACUUUGGUGACUUCUUUUGCGAAAGGGCUGACAAUUCAAGGCAGAACUGAGCCUGUAAAUGGAACUGUAAAAGCAACACAGUUGACGUCUGUAGCCAUGCAAGAAACACCCUCUGAUAUUAUUGAGGUGCGGCUGGUCAGCGGUCAUAAUGGCCUUGAGGUGCUGCAGAAUCAAAAAACUCUCUCCUUUUCUGAGCAGAGCUGGAUGGACCUACACGGUGUGUAUGUGUUUUCUCCUACCUCUUCCAAUGUGACCGUGAUUUUCAGCAGUGGAGCUGGAGUGGAAGUGCGCCUGAGAGAGGGAACCAUGACCACCACCGUACUCCUGCCUGAAGAGUUCAUAGACACCACCAUGGGACUGCUGGGAAAAAUGAACGGUGACCCCAAAGAUGACCUCGCUCUCACCAACGGGGAACUCGUGCAGAAUCUCACAAAUCCAGAGGAGGUGUUCAGCUUUGGGGCAGGCUGGGCCAUCUCCAACCAGUCUGCAUUGUUCACAUAUGAUUCAAAAUAUCUUUUUGACACAUUUUUGUAUGCUCCCAGACAUGAUGCAAGUUUUCUUCCAGUGUUUUCUGUCCUGGAGAAUCCUAAUGACCCAUUAGCUAAUCAGACGUCUGAGAUAUGCUCUGGACCGGGCUCUCAGUUCUGCAGGUACGAUAUCCUGGUGGGUCGUAGUCCCAGAAUGGGAAACGCUUCAAAAAUAUCUUACCAAAGUCACAUUUCUCUUGAAGAAGAUCUAAAGCCAGUGAUAUCCUGUGGAUGGUUUUCACCACCAAGUAAUGGAAAGAAGGAGGGGACCACAUAUCUACAGGGGGCUAAGGUGAACCUUUCCUGCAACGAAGGCUUCACUCUCACAGGACCAUCGUUGCGCGUAUGCCAGUGGGACGGCGUGUGGUCUGGAGGAGACACAAACUGCGUGGUUCCCAGUAUGAAUAAAUUAUAAAAUCUCUCAUUUCCAAUGAUUUUAUCUUCACAAAUCAGCAGUGCGUGCCAUGCAUGUGUGUGAGUGCAUUCUUUAAUCAAACAAAUCAGCUCUAAAGUGUUGGAUUACACAAAC